CAGAAGCGCCGCGGCCAGAAGUGCGCCGGCCCCCUCGAGACCUGGUUGGCCCUCGUCACCCGGUGGCCCCUGGUGGUCGCCUUCGCUGGGGUCGCGGUGACAGUCGGCCUCAGCUUCCUCGGGUGGCGCGCCAGCAACUACACCGUGGACGUGGACUGGGACGUGGCCAGCUACAUGCAGACGGAUUCCGACGUCGCCUUCAUGAGUCAGGCUGUGGACUACGCGGUGGAGGCGCAGAAGGCGACGCUCGAGAACGACGCCGAGACCCGGCGGCUCGAGUCCGGGAUGCUCAUCUCCGCCCAGGCAGUGGAAUGGUGGUCCCUUGCCUUCUACUACACGGCGACUGGCGACAACGUCUUCACGCCCGCGGCCCUUGCAGAGAUCCAAGGCUUCGAGCAGGCCGUGCAGCAGUUCCCGGGAUACAGCGACUACUGCUUCAAGGGGGGCGGCGUGGACUGCAGGCACCCAGAGUCCGUCGUCAACAUGUUCCACCCCAGCGUCUCCCCGGCGGCCGAGGACGGGUAUGCGUUCGUGAGCUACGACGGUCUCGGGAACUUGGCUGACAUCAACUCUACUUUGCGCGCGAUGAUGCAGCAGGGGGUGUACUGGUGGGUCGACGCUGACUUCGAUGCAAGACACCUCAAGAGCAAGAGCACGCGCUCACUGUUCAGGGGCGGCGUACCGCUUGAACCACAAGUUAUCACAGGGUCGCUAGUAGAGGUCGACGAAGACAAUAAGAAGCAUGCGUCCUGGCUGAGACAGCUCUUUGACAAACACCUCAUCAGCGCGAACGACAAGUUCCAGCAUAUCACAGUCACGUGGCACGAGCCAUCGCAUUUGUCUUCCCACGAGGUGAUUGCACGGUGGCGGAUAUUGCUUCAUGAUGUCAGCUGGGCUCUGGGGUCGUUUAUUUUUGUGGCUGUGUUUCUCGUCAUCCAGACAAGGAGUCUUAUCCUCGCUAUGAUGGCGAUAUCCAGCAUUUGCAUCAGCUUUACCACGGCAUUCUACUUCUACGCAGUGGUCGCAGGCUUCCCGAGGAUGUAUCUUGUGAAU